AUGUAUUUAAAUUGUAAUUUUAAUUGCGCCGAAUCAAUUAUAUACUACUAUACCGACGAAUACGGCAAGCAGCAGUGGCUGCUUUUACACCCCCUCCCCCCCCCUCAACAAGCCUUGCCUGUUGCCUUGCCUGUUGCCUUGCCUGUUGCCUUGCCUGUUGCCUUGCCUAUUGCCUUGCCUCUUGCCUUGCUUGUUGCCUUAGUUGAGCCCGCGGUAUUUAAUCAGGACGACGAUGAUAAGAAUAAGCUAAUGAUCUCUCGCUCUCCUUCCCUCUCCCUCCUUCAUACCGUCCCCGCCGUCCCCGCUGCUGCCUUGCCUCUUCCCUUCUCUCUCCCUCUCUCUCUCCUUAAGGUUGAGAGAGAGGUAAAGGAAGAUAAGGUGAUAAAGGAUUCUAAGCCCGCAAUAUUCGAAGACGACGACGAUAUGAUUGAGCCAAUGAUCUCUCGCUCUCCCUCCCCUUUUCUUUUCGUCCCUUCCGCGCCAUCGAUUCCUAUCAGCGUCCCGGCUCCUAGCCUCGCCCCGGCUCUUAUAUUCUUCGCCGCCGCCGUGCCCCCCCUUGCUACGCCACCUGCCACCCUUCGCCCUACAAGCUUUGGACCGAUCUUACCUUUACAAUAG